UCAAAGCCAGGGACGGCGGAGGAGGAGCGGAGCUGGUUGCAUUCGCGGUAGGUCGGGGCUCCCGACUUCCUAACUCCCGCCGAAACGAAGUCGCGAGAGCAGGCCGGAGACACAGCGGCGCCGCGCCGUGCGUCUUCUUCGUCCCCGGCGGCCGGCGUCGUCGCCGACGGGCGUCCUCUCCGGAUUGUCGUGGUCGAGCACUGACGACGCCGGAGGACUACUCGGGAAGGGGCGCGCUGCCGUGUGCUCGGCGCAUGUCUACUUCUUGAUCUUGGGAGGUCGGAGCGCGGCGGCCGCGAGGUGCUGAUGCUGACGACCAUGGGGGAGCCGGAGCCGGGACGGAGGAGGCUGUACCAGGUGUGGAAAGGAAGCAAUAAAUUCCUCUGCGGCGGGCGGCUCAUCUUCGGCCCCGACGCGGGCUCCCUGUUCCUAUCCACCGUCCUCAUCGCGAGCCCUCUCGUCGGGCUGUGCUUCCAGUGCGUCACCAAGCUCAACUACUCCGGCAGCUCGGAGAAGCAGGCUCUCGGCAUGCCUGCCCUCGUCGCCACCAUCCUUCUUGGCCUGGCGGUGAGCCUCCCUCCCUCGAUCGAUCGAUCACCUGCUGGCGCUCUUCGUUCCCAGCUCGUCCGAACCUGUCAGCAGCUCAGCAUUGCUAAUCCCUUCACUGCGCAUCGCGUCGCGUCGGCGCAGGAUCUGGCGUUCCUGUUCCUGACGUCGAGCCGGGACCCCGGGAUCGUGCCGAGGAACGCGCGCUCGCCGGAGCGCGGCGACGACGAUCCCGCCGCCGCCGCCGCCGCCGAGGACGACGUCGCCACGCCGUCCACCGAGUGGGUGAUGAGCGCGGCGAACCCGCACCUCCGGCUGCCGCGCACCAGGGACGUGGCCGUCGCCGGCGGGCACGUCGUCCGGGUCAAGUACUGCGACACGUGCCUGCUGUACCGGCCGCCGCGGGCGUCGCACUGCUCCAUCUGCAACAACUGCGUCCAGAAGUUCGACCACCACUGCCCCUGGGUCGGCCAGUGCAUCGGCCUGCGCAACUACCGGUUCUUCUUCCUCUUCAUCUCGACGUCGACGUUCCUGUGCCUCUACGUCUUCGUGCUGUCCUGGCUGAACAUCGCCGCGCAGAGGGGGAGCCACGGCGGGUCGCUGCUCAGGUCCAUGACCGGCGAGCCGCUGUCCCUCGUGCUGAUCGUCUACACCUUCGUCUCCGCGUGGUUCGUUGGCGGCCUCACCGUGUUCCACACCUACCUCAUGAGCACAAACCAGACCACGUACGAGAACUUCAGGUACCGGUACGACAAGAAGGAGAACCCGUACGACCGGGGCGUGCCGGCCAACAUCUCCGAGGUGUUCUGCACCGGGAUGCCGCCGUCGAUGAACAGGUUCCGGGCAUGGGUGGAGCUGCCGGAGCCGCCGGAGGCGUUCGACGGCGGGCCGCUCGCCUCGAGGAACAAGAUCGACCUCAUCGGUCCGGACGAGAAGGCCGACCUGGAAAUGGGGCGCCACCACCACCCCGGCGGCGUUCCGGCGAUCCUGCAGGGGCUGCACUACGCGGAGAUGGAGAAGAACAGCGCCAGCGUGCACGUCAAGGACCGGCAGUCCGCGGAGGCGCCGGACCCGUUCAUGAUCCCGGAGGCGCCGCGGCACGACGGCGAGGUUGAGUGAGGUAGUGAUCGGCGAUGACCAGGUGGCAAGAUUCGUUGGAAAUUUUGGAACGGUGAUCUUCAUCGUGCGUAUAAACUGUAAAGGUAUAGCUGCAGGGACGACCUUUUUGAGCACUUUAACAGUCUGAAAUUGGGAUGCACGGUUUAUGGAGGAUUUGUCAGGUUUGCAACGACCUGCCGCUGCUGCUUCCAUGGAAUUGCACAAAGAGAGGCACGUCCUGUUGUGGAGGUUGGUUGCCAGGUUUUUUUUUUCCUGCUUCGGAAUGUCAUUGGUUUCGUGUAACUCUAGAAAAUCACCUUUGUUUGUGCGUUGUGGAUUGGUGAAUCGGUAGGAGCAGUUCUGAAGAUUUUUCUUUUCUUGCAAGUGGACGAGCUACUGACACUCUGAAAAAAAACUUUUUUUUCCUAUUC